AUGGCCCAGACUAACGGAGCGGCGACAAACGGGACGCCCGCUGCUCCCGUCCUGGACGAAAGCAUUGCGGUGACGGCGAACGCGGCGCACGAGGUGCCUCGUCUGCUCGAGGAGGUUGCCCAGCAUGGCAAGGCUUUUGCCCAGAACGACCCGCAGGCGCGGUUGAAGCUGCUGGAGUCGGCUCGUAACUUGGUCUAUGCCCUCGAGACCCCCCGUGAAGCGAUGAUUCGGUACUGCUGGUCUCAGAGCACCAUCACUGCUGCAAUUGAGAUCGCCAUCGAUCUGGGUGUCUUCAAGGUGUUGGCCAAAGAUGAGAAGCCCAAGUCGGCGGCUGAGCUGGCUGAGGCGACUGGCGCGGAGCCAGUCUUCCUGAGCCGGAUCCUGAAGCAUCUGGCAGCCAUGGGCGUCAUCUACGAAAGAGGACCAGACGUCUACGCCGCCACCAACUUUGCAAAGACGUUGACGAUCCAGAAAUACGGGGACGGGUUCCCUUGCAUGACCGACUGUAUCACGAACGCCAUCACCCUCUUCCCCGAAUGGUUGCGGAAGAAUGGGUACCACGCACCGACUGAAAACACCAACACAGCCCUGCAGCUGGGUUUCAACACCGACCUCCCCUUCUUCGACUACCUGAAGACGAACCCGAUCUACCCGAUGCGGUUCAUGAACCACAUGUCUGCCUACCGCCAGGGCCGGCCCAGCUGGACGGACAAGGGCUUCUAUCCGGUUGAGGAGCGGCUCGUGAACGGGCACGAGGAGGGCACGGCUCUGCUGGUCGAUGUCGGCGGCAGCACAGGACACGACCUGGAGGAGUUCCGCCGUAAGCAUCCCGAGGCGAAGGGCCAGCUGGUGCUGCAGGACCUGCCGGAGGUGAUUGAGAACGCGAAGAAGAACCUCCACCCGUCCAUCAAUCCGAUGGUGCACAACUUUUUCACGGAGCAGCCUGUCAAGGGAGCCCGCGCAUACUACAUGCACUCAGUCCUCCACGACUGGCCCGACGAGACAUGCCAGGUGAUCCUCACCAACUUAGCCAAGGCCAUGACGCCCGGCUACAGCAAGAUCCUGAUCUUCGAGAACGUGAUCCCAGACACGGACGCCGACUGGCAGACGACAUCGCUAGACAUCAUCAUGAUGAGCAUCUUCGCGUCGCAGGAGCGCACGGAGCGGCAGUGGCGCAAGCUGGUUGAGUCUGCUGGGCUGAAGGUGGUCAACAUCUACACGGCCGGGAAGGGCGUUGAGAGUUUGAUUGAGUAUAGACAUGAUCCGAUGCACAAAUACGAGUACAUAGUAAUGAGAAUAAAAGCAUAUUUUACUAGAUCCAUUCAAAGAGAAGCAGAGAACCAGUCCGUACGACCGUUGGGAGAUUCGCCUAGAAAUACUCCGAAGUAA